UUGCUUCGAGGAGGAGGAGGAGGAGGAGGUGUGACUUCAGCCAACCAGCCAGUCGACAGCUCUGGAGUUUAGAGAUCAGUGAAAGAUGAUCUAAGAUGAGGAGCUGCUCUCUUCCAUCGAGCCGAGGGAGAAGGAGUUAAAGUUGAACAUUAAACUCCUGGGACACUGGAGACGGAGAAUCGACUGUUCAGCUAUGAGAUGUUUGUCUCCCAGUCGGCGUUUCACUCUCAACUGAAGCCGGAGGAGCAUCCCACGUUGAACACAGUGGAUCUGCUGACACUGGACUCCUUGCUCACUUCUGACAUCCAGUGUCAGCAGCCGGUGCUUUGAAGAUGAUCAACCCUCAGAUAUACCUCCACUACAACUACACGGGAAAGCUGGAUAACCGGCCCAGCUUCGGCGCGAACACCGGCACCGUGGACGCCAAGACCAUCGUGUUCCUCGUCAUAUGCAGCUUCAUCGUCCUGGAGAACCUCACCGUGCUGGUGGCCAUAUGGGGCAACCACCGGUUCCACAACCGCAUGUACUUCUUCAUCGGCAACCUGGCGCUGUGCGACAUGCUGGCCGGAGUCGCCUACCUGGUCAACCUGCUCCUGUCGGGAGAGAAGACCCUGCAGCUCUCGCCUGCUCUCUGGUUUGUCAGAGAGGGGAGCAUGUUUGUGGCACUCGGCGCCUCCAUUUUCAGUCUCCUGGCUAUCGCUAUAGAGCGACACCUGACUAUGAUCAAAAUGAGGCCUUAUGAGGCCAACAAGAACUACAGAGUGUUUCUGCUCAUAGGGGCCUGUUGGUUGAUCGCUAUCUCUCUUGGAGCUUUGCCUAUUCUAGGCUGGAACUGCCUGGACAACCUUCCCGACUGCUCCACAGUCCUCCCUCUCUACACCAAGAAAUAUGUAGCUUUCUGCAUCAUCCUUUACAUGCUUUUGCUCUUAGCCAUGUCGGUCCUUUACGCCCGCAUCUACAUCCUGGUUAAGUCCAGCAGCCAGAAGGUGAGCAAGAACAGGAACUCUGAGCACGCAAUGUCCUUGCUGCGCACCGUCAUCAUUGUAGUCGGGGCCUUCAUCGCCUGCUGGACGCCCCUCUUCGUGCUGCUCCUGGUGGACGUGGCGUGCGUGCAGCGCUGCCCCAUCCUCUACAAGGCCGACUGGUUCAUCGGACUGGCCGUGCUCAACUCGGCCACGAACCCGGUGAUUUACACCCUGGCCAGCCGCGAGAUGAGGCGAGCCUUCUUGGGUUUGGUGUGUGGCGUUUGCUACCGGGGGAGGGCUUCCGUGAACGGCAGCGUGAACAGGCAGUCUCUGGAGCCCAGCCGCAGCAGGAGCAAGUCGUGGAGCAGCAUGAACAACCCCAACCAGAACCAGCAGAGCUCCAGGCAGGCGGAGCUGGACAAGGGGCAGGAGACAGACACCGGCGAGGUGACGGUGGUGGCUGGAGGGGCCACUCAGGCCGUCAUUGAGAGUGGCAGAAAUGACUGAAUGAAGAUAUGGACAGUAGGAAGGAUGAAGGCGGUCAGACGUGGUGACGAAGAGGAAUUUGAGUUGUGAUUGAUUCAGAAUGAAGGAUUCCUCAUUAGACUGCAGGGCAGUGUUUACCUUUGUACUUGGUAUUGAUAUAUCUGCACCAUCCAUAAUUGGGAAGUGUAUUAAAAUGU